CACUUGAAGGCAGCACGGGACGAGCGAGGAAUAAGUAGGAAGAUAUCCACGUAGCUUGUCUCGCACAGUGAUUUUAUAUCCGCGCGCCGUUACAAAUGUGUCCGUUGUUUGUUAAAGAAACCCCGCUUUUCAUUUAGGAGCUACUGGCGUUCAUAGUGGCGGGGUGAAAGCGGAUAAAACCCCAACAGCAGCCGGUCCUUUUUGCUGAAAGGAAAAAAGAGGACUAAAAAAAAUGGAGCUGGAAGACGGAGUUGUGUACCAGGACGACCCGGGGACAUCUGCGAUGAUGUCGGAGCGGGUCUCGGGCCUGGCCAGCUCCAUCUACCGCGAGUUCGAGCGGCUCAUCGGCAAGUACGACGAGGACGUGGUGAAGGAGCUGAUGCCGCUGGUGGUGGCCGUGCUGGAGAACCUGGACUCGGUGUUCGCGGAGAACCAGGAGCACGAAGUGGAGCUGGAGCUGCUGAAGGAGGACAACGAGCAGCUCAUCACCCAGUACGAGCGGGAGAAAGCUCUGAGGAAACAUGCGGAGGAGAAGUUCAUAGAGUUCGAAGACACCCAUGAGCAGGAGAAGAAGGACCUGCAGAACCAUGUGGACCGCAUGGAGUCUCAUUCGCGGCAGCUGGAACUCAAAAUCAAGAACUAUGCAGACCAGAUCAGCAGGUUGGAAGAGCGAGAGCUGGAGCUGAAAAAGGAGUACAAUGCUCUGCACCAGCGGCACUCCGAGAUGAUUCAUAAUUACAUGGAGCAUGUGGAGAGGAUCAAAAUGCAGCAGAUAAGCGAGACGUCAGAGUCCGCGACCGGCGGCCGGAUGAGGAGAGAGCGGCCUCUUUCUUUGGGGGUUUUUCCCUCGUCUGGCGGAGCGUCUUUGAUAAUCCCAGAUCCCCACAGCAGAGCCGAGACGCCAGGGACGGAGGGCUGGAGGUUCGCUGACUCAGCUCAGUUACGCUCCAACACUAGUCUGAAGCAGUUGGACUUUGUCGAGCCCCCAAAGGAAAGGGAGGGUAAGAGUGCGCAGGACCCUACUUGGGGGAAUUCACUGGCAGUCGACUGCAAGGAUGAACUGUCGGACAUCACUGGCUCCAAAUCAGCAACACCGAUGUCGACCACGGGCUCAGACAUGGAGAGAGAAGAUGGGAUCUGUAAGAGUACAGAGGUGCAGGCUGCACCAGGGACCAGGUCCAUAUCAGUGGGUUUACCUGAAAAUGAGGAAAACUCAGACGUGCAGGACAUUAUUGAGUCCACUCCUGAGCUGGACAUGGAUCUGAUUGGAUACAAACCCUGCAGCACUCCAACGAAAGGUAUAGAGAACCUGGCGUUUGACCGCAACACAGACUCCCUGUUUGAGGAACUGUCGUCUGCGGGCACGGGGCUCAUAGGGGACGUGGAUGAAGGGGCCGACCUGCUGGUGGAAUACUCUGACCUUAGUUUGAUUGGAAUGGGUCGAGAAGUUGAGAAUUUAAUCCAGGAAAAUUCACAGCUGCUUGAGACAAAGAAUGCCUUGAAUGUGGUUAAUAAAGACUUGAUCCUGAAGGUGGAUGAGUUGACCUGUGAGAAGGAUGUGCUGCAGGGAGAGAUGGAGGCUCUGCUGCAGGCCAGAAACAAGUUGGAGGAAAAGAACAGAGAAUUGGAAGAGGAGCUAAAAAAAGUACGACAGGAGGUAGAGGAAGUGAAGUACAAAAGCAAAGAUGAAGAAGACAGUGAAGUACCGACAGCUCAGAGGAAGCGCUUCACCAGAGUGGAAAUGGCCCGAGUGUUGAUGGAGAGGAACCAGUACAAGGAGCGGCUGAUGGAGCUCCAGGAAGCUGUGAGGUGGACGGAGAUGAUCCGGGCUUCAAGAGAGAAUCCAACUCUUACAGAAAAAAAGAAAUCAAGCAUCUGGCAGUUCUUCAGCAGACUGUUUAGCACCUCCACCAAUUCCCCGCCUAUGAAGACAGCCGAGGACCCGUCCAAAUUAAAGUACAACUCCCCAGGCAGCCUGGUGAAGAGGAGCAGCACCUUCUCGCAGUUCCCCACCGAAAAGUCCAAGAUAUUUGACUUCAUGAUUGAAGGAACGGAGCAGUGCAGCUCCCCCUCACAUAAGGAGAAGAAGAAAGCCCAGUACCGGCAGGUUAAGGCCCACAUGCAGAAAGAGGACGGGCGGGUCAUGGUGCACGGCUGGAGCCUGCCGAGCAAACACAAGGUUGCAAAUGGGGGACAGAUGGAAAACAAAAUGAAUCUACCGGUGCCGGUCUACCUGCGGCCUUUGGACCAGAAAGAUGCUUCUAUGAAGCUGUGGUGCGCUGCAGGGGUCAACCUGUCUGGGGGUCAGACGGUUUCCUCCUCAGAGCUGGCAAAGCAGAUAAAGGGCUCCCAGAGCAGCCUGGACCAGCUGGAACAAGAGAACAAGGAGAAAGCGGAGAAGGAGCUGACUGUCCAGGAUGAGAUCUCCAGUCGCGUGUGGGUGUGCUUGAGCACCAGUUCCUCCACUAAAGUUAUGGUACUUGACGCCACACAGCCCACCGACCUGCUCGACGCCUUCUACGCCUGCAACACCCAUGUGGUCUGCAUCGCUAGUGUACCUGGCGUGUUGGAGUCAGACUAUCCUGCCGGGGAGGAGGUACCCCAGGACCCGGAGGCCGGCCAAGGGGAUGUGGUGUCGUUGGCGGGGAGCGUGGCCAGCGUGGGCUCAGCAGGCAGCGAUGGGGCCGCAGCAGCCGAAGGCGUCACGGCCGUCCCUCAGACAGCAAGCUUAGGUGUCUCUGAGCAGCCAGCGGAGUACGGCGCCACUUCAGGCUCAGUCCAGCUGUCCAGGGAGACGAGCCCAACAGAGGAUGGGGUUCCUACGGCCGAAGAGGCGACAGAAGCGACAGAGGCCAACGCUGGCGUGGGUGAAGAAGGAGAGGAGGACCAGGGAUCAGAUCCAAACCAGCCUGGAAUUUACACAGAGCACGUGUUUACAGACCCUCUGGGGGUAGGACCCACCGACUCCUGUCCAGCCGAAGCACAGAGGAGCUCUGGGCAGGAUGGUGAGCCUUGCCGGCCAGAAGUCACGGAUACGUCAGAUAGUGAAGUCCUGAGGAUGAGCAGCGCUCUUCCAACCAUGUGGCUUGGAGCUCAGAACGGAUGCCUGUAUGUGCACUCGUCUGUGGCGCGAUGGAGAAAGUGUCUCCAUGCCAUCAAGCUCAAAGACUCCAUCCUCAGCAUUGUGCAUGUUAAAGGGAGGGUGCUGGUGGCUUUGGCUGAUGGGACAUUAGCAAUUUUCCACAGAGGAACUGACGGUCAGUGGGAUCUGACCAACUACCACCUGUUGGAUCUGGGGCGGCCACACCACUCCAUCCGCUGCAUGACGGUAGUCCAUGACAAGGUGUGGUGUGGCUACAGGAACAAGAUCUAUGUUAUCCAGCCCAAAACCAUGAGGAUAGAGAAGUCCUUUGAUGCUCAUCCUCGCAGAGAGAGUCAGGUGCGCCAGCUGGCCUGGGUAGGAGACGGUAUCUGGGUGUCCAUCCGGCUGGAUUCAACACUGCGCCUGUUUCACGCCCACACCUACCAGCACCUGCAGGACGUGGACAUCGAGCCUUACGUCAGCAAGAUGCUGGGCACUGGCAAACUGGGCUUCUCUUUUGUGAGAAUCACAGCUCUGGUUGUUUCCUGCAACCGUCUGUGGGUGGGGACGGGAAACGGAGUCAUCAUCUCCAUCCCAUUAUCUGAAGCUAACAAGACAACAGGACUAGUGCCAAAUCGCCCCGGUAGCGCCGUACGGGUCUAUAGUGAUGACUGCUCAGAGGGAGUUGGGCCGUGCAGCUUCGUGCCGUACUGCUCCAUGGCCCACGCCCAGCUCUGCUUCCACGGACAUCGAGAUGCAGUGAAGUUCUUUGUCACAGUCCCAGGUCAAGCCAUGCCUCCUCCGGGCAGUGCGGAUUCGGGUUCUGAUGAUCCUCCAUCUGAAUGCUCAGAUACAGCAACCUCUGAGCCAAAAACAUACCUGGUCAUGAGCGGAGGAGAAGGUUACAUCGACUUUAGAAUCGGCGACGAAGGCAGCGAGCUGGAGGGCUUAACAGAGCAGGCCAGCAGCCAGCCGGUGGCGCCCGCCAAAGCCGAGCGCAGCCACCUCAUCGUCUGGCAGGUGGCCACGCCUCACGGGUGAAAAACACCCGGCAGACUGCUGCAUCAGCCACGGGCGCCGUCCAGCAAGCCCACAACGUCCCGCUCCCAGUUUUUUCACCAUCCUCUAUGCCCGAGUAGACGACUUCUUUGUAAAGAAAACAAAACGACUACGACGAAAAAAAAAUAAUAUUUUUAUUCAGUGUUUUGUACCAUUUUACUCCUCACGAAUUUCAAAACUGGUAAACCUAUAUUUAUGUCGACUAUGAUUAUGAAAUCGUCCAGAUGGCCCUGCUGCCGGGUUGCAUGUAGGAAAAGCAGCCGCCCUGCAGCUUGAUCAUGUAAUCGUUUACCUGAAAGGGGUUAGAUAUGAGGAAAAAAGGGACAUUUUAGUUGUUUUCUGUCAGUGUAAUUCUACUCUUUCUUUUUGCAUAACUAGAAUCAAAAGUAAUGGGAUCAAGCCUUGUUUCAGAGGCCAUUUUACACUUUUAAUUCUCACAUCCAGGUCGCCACAUGUAGAAACGUCCUUGCACUUCGGGAAGGUUUUCCUGUGAAUAGAAGAACUAAUUUAGCAUUAGUUUGCAUUAGGAAGUCCUGUUUCCUCACUAAAAUAUAUCUGCUCGGCCACGCUGGAGCUAAACCUCCGUCCUGUCGGUGAAAACAAACAAGAAAAAAAAAAAAAAAUGGCUGCCGGGGCCGUCAGCUCAGUGCUUCCUGUUUGCUUCAGCUCAUUGGCACUUUAAAAUGUUAAAUGUUAAGUCUGGAGGGAUGCGAGUGUAAGUAAUGUAAUCUUUGUCCUAAAUUGUGUGAAGGAAAAAUAAAAGCGUUCAAAUAUAAUUUUUUUUUUUUUUUUUUUUUUUUUUGCAAGGAUGUCACAGGAACCAAAUGACGGAAGAAAAACAAGGGUCAUGACACUUUUAUUUAUGAGUCAAGGGAUUGUUGAGCUAAUGAGUUGUUUUAAAAUGUUAUUGCAGGGACCACAAACACUAAAGAGAGUCUCCCUUUAUUUCUCCAUCUCUGCUGUUUUUUUAUUUUUUUUUUAUUUGUUUUGUGCUGGAGGUCUUAAAUGCAAUUAUCAUGACGUUUUUAUUGUUAUUUUUGACAUGUCUUCAUUUGGGAGAUACUUUCAUAAAGAAAUGGGUGUUUUAAUGACUGUAAUAAUAGCAGGAUGGCUCUACGAUUGCAGAUGUUUUAAUUUGUUUUUAUAUUAAAAGAGCUGGGCCAAGUUUGAUCCCAAGUCCAUUUCAUAGCAGUAACUUUAUAUUGUGUUCGUGUGCCAUUCCAGUAUUUAUUUUCUCCUUUGUUAAGGAACCCGUUUGGGCUCAGAAUGUAACUUUCUACAUGAACAAAGUAUCAUAGGAGGCUAUUGUGAACAACAUAGUCCAAUAAGUUUACAUGAUUGUUAAUAAUGGUUCAAUAAAAUAGAUUAAUGCCAACAAAA